AUGAAUGCUAAUUUAAAUAUGACAUACAUAACACUUAAUGGGCAUGUGGAAGUGCACAGAUACAAAUAUCUUUAUUUUUUGAUCAUGUUUACAGCAUUUAUUCUCAUAAUCUGCUUUAAUGUCUCUAUCAUAUGCCUUAUUGUUAUACACAAAAACCUCCAUGAGCCCAUGUAUGUUUUCAUUGCAGCUUUGUUACUGAACUCUCUUCUUUUCAGCACUAAUAUCUACCCAAAGCUUUUGAUUGACUUUUUAUCUGAGAAACAGAUCAUAUCUUAUCAAGCUUGUCUCUUUCAAGUUUUUAUGUUUUACUCUUUAAGUGCCUCCGAAUUCUUGCUGUUGUCAGCUAUGUCUUAUGACAGAUAUGUGUCUAUUUGUAAACCUCUGCAAUAUCCAACCAUCAUGGGGGGAAAAAAAGUCAUUUUGUUGCUGGUUUCUGCUUGGUUGGUUCCUGCUUGUCAUGUUGCAGUGCCAGUUUUAAUAUGUAAUAAUACCAUGUUCUGUAGCUCUAUUUUAGAAGGAAUUUUUUGCAACAACUCAGUCACCACUCUAUUCUGUGUUACUUCAAAAGAAAUAUCAAUAUAUGGUGUAGUUGUUCUGUUUAAUCUUGUACUGUUCCCUUUACUUUUCAUAAUUUUUACCUACACAAAGAUCAUAAUAAUUGCUUAUCAGAGUUGUGGAGCUGUCAGGAGAAAAGCCACACAGACCUGUUUACCUCACCUGUUAGUUUUGAUUAACUAUUCUAUUUUGAUUACUUAUGAUGUCAUCAUUGUUAAGCUGGACUCAGAUUUUCCAAAGACUGCACGUUUUGUAAUGACACUGCAAAUUAUAACAUAUAAUCCUCUGUGCAAUCCAAUCAUAUAUGGACUGAAAAUGAAAGAAAUUUCUAAACACCUCAAAAUGUUGUUUAGAAAAAUGAAAUGA